AUGAAGAAUCCCGUGCCGCAGGCAGCCUCGCUGCUCCUGGAGAAGCUGCUGCUCCUCGUCCACGUCCGGCCGCUGCUCGCCGGCGCCGACAGGGAGCUGCCGCCGCCGCCGCCCGCGCCCGGCUACUACGACACGAGCUGCUUCAAGCGCGGCGACCUGCUGGAGGUGCCGCGCACCCUCUUCAUCCACUUCGGCAUCUACCUGGGCGACAACCGCGUCGCCCACCUGAUGCCCGACAUCCUGCCCGCCUUCACCGACGACCGCCGCCAGAUCCAGCAAGUGGUGACCAACAAGCGGCUCAUCCUGGGCGUCAUCGCCAAGAUGGCCAGCAUCCGCGUGGACACCGUGGAGGACUUCGCCUACGGCGGCAGCAUCCUGGUGAACCACAUGGACCGGCUCUUCAAGGACCAGCUGCUGGGCAGCGAGGAGGCGGCGCGCCGCGCCGAGAAGCUGGUGGGCGCCACGGCCUACAGCCUGCUCUGGAACAACUGCGAGCACUUCGUCACCUACUGCCGCUACGGCGCCGCCGUCAGCUUCCAGACCGACAAGUUCUGUGAAACUGUGAAGAUGAUUAUUCGGGACCAGAGGAGCGUUCUUGCUUCAGUGCUCGUGGGAUUAGCAUCGAUAGUCUGCCUAGGUUUGGCACCCUCCACCACGCUCCCCACUAUUUUUAUUCCCUUCUUUCUCUGGAUGGCUGGCUAA